CCCAGAGGAAGAAAAAUGUUUCAACUGCUUUAUAAGAAAGGACAACUUGUUCAUUAAUAUUCAAGUGGAAGGAAUUUAAUACGCACAACUGCAAUAUUCUUGACCUCAUGCUUUAAUUACAAAACAUACACAAUGUCCGAAAUCUGAAUCAAAUGGUGAAUCAUAUUAUUAAUCUUUGCUCACUUCCUGCAAAAAAAGUAUGCAAGAACACACACACACACACAGGAAAUGCCAGAAAGACGAGAUUCGGGAAAAAUGGCAACAACUACAACUCAACAAGAGGCAUUUUUGGAAAAUGGAAAUAUAAAGUUGUUGAGCAGAGAGAUGAGACAUGGCAGCCGCACUGCACACAACAUGUCUUCAUCUUCUCUGCGCAAAAAAUCCGACAGGGCCCUUGUUUCCAAAAUCCGGGUCGGGUUUCUAAGGAUGUUUUUUACCAAUCUUCAAGAAGUCUUGCUCGGCACAAAGCUUGCUGUUUUGUUUCUCGCUAUCCCAAUCGCCAUUGUUGCUCAAUUCUGCAAUUUUGGAAGUCCAUGGGUAUUUGGUUUGAGUUUAAUUGGACUAACUCCGCUUGCAGAGCGCGUCAGCUUCUUGACCGAGCAAAUUGCUUUCUUCACAGGUCCAACAGUUGGAGGACUCCUAAAUGCAACAUGUGGAAAUGCAACAGAGCUAAUAAUAGCUAUAUUUGCACUCACUCAGCACAAAAUAGCCGUCGUGAAAUACUCCCUACUGGGCUCUGUUCUCUCGAACCUUCUUUUAGUUCUCGGAACCUCUCUUUUCUGCGGUGGCAUCGCAAACAUGUCCAAAGAACAAAACUUUGACAGAAAACAAGCGGACGUAAAUUCAAUACUUUUGUUGCUGGGAUUAUUGUGCCAUGUGCUACCAUUGAUGUUUAAAUAUGCUGGAAAAUCGCCUGAGUUGACAGCAGUUGCGACGCUUCAAUUAUCGAGGGCCAGUUGCAUUGUGAUGCUUAUUGGCUACAUCGCUUACUUAGUUUUCCAAUUAUGGACCCAUCGCCAAUUUUUUGAAGCACAAGAGGAUGAAGAAGAUGAUGAUGUGGUGGCAGAUGAUGAUUCGCCGGUGAUUGGAUUCUGGAGUGCAUUUGUUUGGUUAGUUCUGAUGACCGCCGUUGUAGCUUUACUUUCGGAGUAUGUUGUCGGCACAAUUGAAGCUGCAUCAGAUACUUGGGGAUUGUCAGUCAGCUUCAUCAGUGGGAUUCUACUACCAAUUGUUGGAAAUGCAGCUGAACAUGCUGGGGCAGUCAUCUUUGCAUUCAAGAAUAAAUUGGAUAUAACUCUGGGUGUUGCUCUAGGCUCAGCAACUCAAAUUGAAAUAUUUGUGAUCCCGUUAUGUGUUAUAGUGUCAUGGAUCAUUGGUAUAGACAUGGAUCUCGAUUUUAAUCUUCUUGAGACAAGUGCACUCGCGAUGUCAAUCCUUAUAACAGCUUUUACAUUACAGGACGGAACAUCUCAUUACAUAAAGGGACUGGUUCUUCUGCUAUGCUACGCCAUUAUCGCUGCAUGCUUUUUCGUGUAUAAGGAUUCACCUGAUAGUGCAGACCCUACCAGCUUAUUAGGAUUGGUACCCUCUGCAGGCACAAUGAGAGUUUAAAUGUACUUUGAGCAGAUUGGAUACACAUAUGUUAUUCAUUUAUUGAAAUGGAGAUGAAAUCUGCAAUAUCGAUCAAGCAUCAAUCAAACUCUAAAAUGGGUAGAAUGGGAUUGCAUUAUGGUUUCAAGAUUUUUCAAGUUUGUGAUGGAACAGUAAAAUUGGCUGGAGCAUGAUGCACUAUGUUUGUUAUUUCUGCUUCUUGUAUUGUUAUAUAUUUAUUAUCUUGUUGAGUUUAUUAUUUUAAUUAUUAUUAAUUUUUUUGUGUGGCUAAUACCAAUGUUUGUGUGGAGCUUGUAAUAUGUAUCAACAUGUUGAGAAUUGGAAAUGAAUUAUUAUGUUGAUCAACA